CAUCAUUUUUGUGAAUUCAGUCAUAGAGAUAGAGCACCAGUUUCAAGCUAGCUUUUACCAGAAGAGAAGGAGAAAAGAGUUAAUAGAAACAGAUUUUCAUUUUUUUUUUCUUUUUGGAAUUAUAGACAAAGCAGUUUAUCAUCAUAAUAUGGAUUUGGUACAUAUAUCUCCCGACUUUGAUUAAUCCCAACCAACCAACCCACCACUCUCUUUCUUUCCGGUACUCUCAGAUAUUAUGUGGGGUAAAAUCUGCUCAUGCCCAUAUCCGAUUCCGCCAAUUGUGUUAACUCUAGACACUCUUUCCCUUUACUUAGUUAAUAGGUCUCUCUAGUUCAGUUUCAAAGAUACCCAAAAGCACUGCCCUUUCUCUCUUCCCUGUCUCUAUCUCUCUCUCUCUCUCUGCUUGUUUUGCGUGCAUAAAACAACUGAGCGGCUAUAUAUAUCACUUGGAGUUGGAAAAGGGGGUCAAAAUGGAGUUGCUUGCUUUGACGUGCAUGGAUGAGAUAUUUAUUUAUGUUUUGUGAUAGGAUUCUGAUACGGGCAUGUCCAAGUUUGGUGACGUUAGCGUUGGUCUCGAACUUUUGAUCAAAAGAACAAAUAAUCACAAAAAUGAAGUUUAUGAAAAUUGGAACAAGACCCGAUAUUUUCUACACAGAAGAGGCUACCAGCAGGACAGUCAUUUCUGAUAUUCCGAGCGAUAUUGUCAUUAAAAUUAACAACAUUAGCUACUUUCUCCAUAAGCUGCAGUUUCCUCUUCUACCAAGAUGUGGUCUCUUGCAAAGGCUUUGUGCUGAUUCUACCGAUUCAAGCAUCGUUACGAUAGAGCUUCAUGAUAUUCCUGGUGGCGGGGAGGCUUUCGAGCUCUGUGCUAAGUUCUGCUAUGGAAUAACUAUCAAUCUUAGUGCACAUAACUUUGUGUCUGCCUUCUGUGCUGCUAAAUUUCUGCAAAUGAAUGAGGUGGUCGAGAAGGGAAACUUUGCUCUAAAACUUGACACUUUCUUCAACUCGUGCAUUCUCGAAGGCUGGAAAGACUCCAUUGUCACCCUGCAAACCACAGCUAAGCUGAUUGAAUGGUCAGAAAACUAUGGAAUCAUCAGAAGAUGCAUUGAUUCGAUUGUUGAGAAAGUUCUUACACCCCCAUCAAAGGUCUCUUGGUCCUACACCUACACUAGACCAGGUUUCAGCAAACAUCAACAAUCUGUUCCGAGGGAUUGGUGGACGGAGGACAUAUCUGAUCUUGACAUACACCUGUUCCGGUAUGUAAUUACAGCAAUCAGAUCGACAUUUAUGCUUCAACCGCAGCUUAUUGGGGAAGCUUUGCAUGUCUAUGCCUUGCGUUGGCUACCUGAUACUACAAAGAUUAGAUCUUUAGCUGAAAGUUCAGUAUCUCAAACUGAUGAAACAAUUGAAAAACAAAAACGAAUUCUUGAAACUAUAGUUAGCAUGAUUCCGGGAGAUAGAGGAUCAGUUUCUGUUAGUUUCUUGCUUAGGCUCCUUAGUUUUGGAAAUUUUCUUGGAGCAUCUUCUCUGAUAAAGACAGAACUCACAAAAAGAGCUUGUCUGCAGUUAGAGGAGGCAACUGUGAACGACCUGGUCUUUCCUUCACACUCAUCGUCUGAUCAGCAUUUCUAUGAUGUAGAAUUGGUCCUGGCAGUGCUAGAAAGUUUCUUAGUGCAAUGGAGACGACAAUCCCCUGCACCUACCGAUAACAAUGAACUAAAAAAAUCAAUUAGAAAAGUUGCAAAACUGAUUGAUUCCUAUCUUCAAGUUAUUGCGAGGGACGCCAACAUGCCAGUAUCCAAACUGGUAACUCUUGUAGAAGCUUUGCCUGACGUUGCCCGAAAGAGUCACGACGAUCUGUACAAGGCAAUCAACAUUUACCUCAAGGAGCAUCCGGAUAUGAGCAAAGCAGACAAGAAGGAUGUAUGCAGGAUUCUUGACUGUCAAAAAUUGUCACCAGAAGUACGUGCACAUGCUAUAAAGAAUGAGCGGCUACCAUUGAGAACCGUUGUGCAAAUCCUCUUCUUUGAGCAAGAGAAAGGCUCCAGGCCUCCUGAAAAUAAAAUGCCAUUACAGGAACUUAUCAGGAGAAAACAUACACCAUCUCCUGAAGAUGAUUUGGCCAAACUAGAAUUGGGUCCAAAUGAACAAUCUAGAGGAGCUGAGGGAACUAGAAAAACAGCAGCACCUCAAAGCAGCAUUGUAAUAGAUGAACAAAGAACAAAAAAACCAGAUAAGAAGAUAAUGAGAGGAGAGAUUGAUGAAGCGGGAUCCGAGAAGGGAAGAGAAUUUAGAGAACAAGGGAAUUCUGGAACCAAGGUGGAUACAAAGAAGAUUAUACCAAAGGGAAGUGCUAGAGAGAGGUAGCAAUAAUUAACAACAUUGUUUAUCUCCUUCCUUCUGAACCUACUAUCAGUCUGUUCAUUUCAGAGAACCCAAGUUUGUAAAACCCUUUUACCAUUCAUGUUAGUAUAUGUUACAAAGUAGAAAAUUUGUCACUUCUGCCGAGUUUGGGACUAUCCGACAAUAAGUGAUGAUGCAAAAUGCAAAA